AAAGCGAGUGAUUACAAUGUCAAGUGCACUUCGAGAGUAAACAGCGUGUUUUUAUUAUAGCUACAAGUCGACGAGAGCUAAGCAAAACGUCUUUUCCGCAUUCAAUCUAUCCAGUUCGCGGCAGAUCUCGUAUCGUCCAUUUGCCAGGAUCGAACGUCGUGCUCUUGUGAAAAUCAACACACAGUACAACGUUGCCAAGUCAGAAACAGCAACGGCAACUUCUUCUUUAUUUCGGCUCACCUCGAGAAGAUGUCCCCGCCCGGAAUCGGCAGCUCUACGGACGCUUCCUCGCCCACCUCCCGCACCGGCGUCGCCGCCGACGUCGUCGUCCUGGACGGCGGCUUCGCGACGCAACUGGGCUGCCAUGUGCGCCAGCCCAUCGACGGCGACGUGUUGUGGAGCGCCAGGUUCCUGGCCAGCGACCAGGAGGCUGUCAUCGACACGCAUCUCGAUUUCCUGAGAGCGGGUGCUGACCUCAUCAUCACGAACACCUAUCAAGCCAAUGUAGACUUAUUUGUAAAGCACCUCAACCUGACUGAAAAUGAAGCCUUCGAUCUCAUCAAAAAGUCUGUUAGUUUAGCGAAAACAGCAGUCGACCGUUAUCUCAAGGAAUAUCCUGAAGCAAGAACUCCCUUAGUGGUGGGCUCCGUUGGCCCUUACGGAGCCUCCCUCCACGACGGCUCCGAAUACACCGGCGCCUACGCGAAAACCACCCCCGUGCACGCGAUGCGCGAGUGGCACGCGCCCCGGAUAAGGGCGCUGGUGGAGGCCGGGUGCGACCUUCUCGCCCUCGAGACCAUCCCUUGCAGAGCGGAGGCCGAGAUGCUGGUGAAUCUGCUGAGGGAGGAGUGGCCGGGGGUGAGAGCGUGGUUGUCCUUCAGCGUCGGGCAAGACGGCAUAUCCACAGCGUUCGGGGAAAACUUCCAAGAGGUCGCAAGGCACUGCUACGAUCUGAAUCCUGAGCAAUUGGUGGCCGUAGGCGUGAAUUGCACUGCCCCUAGGCUCAUAGAGCCCCUCAUCAAAGGCUUGAACGAUCAGAGAAAAAACAACCCGAUACCUCUCAUCGUAUACCCGAAUAGUGGCGAGAGCUACAAUGUUUCAUUGGGGUGGAUCAACAGGGAACAAUGCGAACCCGUAGAAACCUACGUACAAAAAUGGCUAGACCUAGGUGUCACUUGGGUAGGAGGAUGUUGUAGGACGUACGCCAUAGAUGUGACAAGAAUAAGAAGGGAAGUGGAGCUGUGGAAGCAAAAGAAAUCAGAGAGGAACUGAUAUAAUUAUGAAACCGACUGAGUGUUCAACUGUUUAUGUGUCAUACAAUUCCUUUACAUAUUUGUGUAAUCAGCUUGUUGAAAAAUAUAUAAUGUGAGUUAUCUGUAAUAUACAAUAUAAAAACAUUCAUCGUUAGUGUACAGUGUGUCCAGUUUUCGAUGCUUUUGUGUGAUAUCUCAGUUAUCUUUGGAGAUAAAACUUUGUGGUUUCCGCGGUCCUGUGCCACUUUCUUGUGAAACUCAAGAUGGCCUAAUCAGAUUUUGCAUAACUGUUUCCGUUUAUGAGAUACAGGACGAUUUUGAAAAUUUAUACUUUUUGAACCCCCUCUAUAUCUACGAAGUUUCUCAGCAAAAAUCUCGAAUUGAAAUCUUAUCUCAUAGAGAAUUUUACGCUGAAUCCAGUGGCGCACUCAAUUUUUUUCGGGGUACGGUUUUGCAGAUUCGACUCAAACUUUGAGUUUCAAAUGGAACACCCUGUAUUUUAUAAGCUCAUUAAAUUCCUUAUUUUUUUCCCUUGAAAAUAAUAUAUGA